AUGCCUAGCGUGCAAGACAUCACAAACGGUGUCAACGAUCUCGACUUGGUCCACGAUGACGACAUCGACUUUUCCGACAUCGAGCAAAAGUACUCGGUCAAGUUCGACGAGGGUCUCGACGACAUCAUUGUCAUCGAAGGCGUCCCCGUCAUCACCGAGUCUCGCCAGCAGAAGCUCUUCGAGACCAUACAGAAGCGUUUCAAAACCCACGCCAACAUCGACAUUGCUGUCGAGGGCAUGCACAUCCCGUACGCCGACAAUGGCGACUCCAAGGGCUACCUCUUUGUCGAGAUGGCCUCCGCUGAGGAUGCUGCUCAGGCCAUCCGUCAGAUGGACGGCUACGCGUUCGACAAGAAGCACCGCUUCUCCGUCCACCGUUUCACCGACGUCGAAAAGUUCGCCAGCCUUUCCGAAGAGUACGUAGAACCCGAAGACGAGGAGUUCAAGCCGCGCGAGCACCUUCGCUCUUGGCUCGCAGACCCUUCUGGUCGCGAUCAGCUCGUCAUUUGCCGUGGUGACGACGUAGAGAUCGCUUGGCACAACCGCUCCUCCGAUCCUCAGGUAGAGCACAGCCGUCCCCGCUGGACGGAGAGCUACGUCCAGUGGUCGCCCCUCGGCACUUUCCUCACCACCUUCCACCGUCAAGGCAUUCAGAUCUGGGGUGGCCCUUCCUGCGAGCGCUUCAUGCGCUUCCCCCACCCCGGUGCCCGCCUCGUAGACUUUUCUCCCAGCGAAAAAUACAUGGUCACCUGGUCCCACGAGCCUAUCCAGGUUCCCGACAACGCUCCCAUCGGUCCCCAAUUCUUUGGCCCUGAAGACGAGGGAAACCGCAUCGCCGUCUGGGAGGUCCGAACCGGCCACCUCUUGCGUUCUUUCCCUGUUCCUCAGGACGAGAGUGGCCAGCCAGGCCAGCUCAAGGGCUUCUCCUGGCCCUUCCUCAAAUGGAGCCCCGAUGACAAGUACUGCGCUCGUCUCAACCCCGGUCAGGCCAUCAGCGUCUACGAGACCCCUUCUAUGGGCCUGCUCGAAAAGAAGUCGAUCAAGAUCGAGGGCGUCGUCGACUUUGAGUGGUGCCCAAUGGGCGACAAGGACCGCGAGCUUGCUGAAGCCGGCAAGCCCAACAAGAAGGCGAGGGACAACAUGAUCGUCUUCUGGCAACCAGAGGUGGCCAAUCAGCCAGCACGUGUCACCGUCAUGGCCGUGCCGUCAAGAAACAUCCUUCGAUCCAAGAACCUCUUCAACGUCUCCGACUGCAAGCUUCACUGGCACCCGCAGGGCGACUACCUUUGUGUCAAGGUCGACCGACACACAAAGACCAAAAAGUCCAUGUUCUGCAACCUCGAGAUCUUCCGCGUGCGAGAGAAGGAGUUCCCCGUCGAAGUCGUCGAGCUCAAGGACGCCGUCACUGCCUUCGCUUGGGAGCCACAUGGAAGCCACUUUGCGCUCAUCUCGAGCAACGAUCCUCAGCUCGGCACACCCGCGCCAGGUAUCACCAUCAAGACGCAGCUCAACUUUUACCACCUCCACGCUAAGGGCGACUUCCGUCCGCUCAAGGUAUUUGACAACAAGACGCUCAACACGCUCUUCUGGUCGCCACGCGGCCGUCACAUGGUCGCCGCAACGCUCGGAAGCUCGCAAAAGUUCGACCUGGAAUGGUACGACGUCGACUUCAUGCACGAGGUUCGACAGGGUAACCCUUCGGCCGAUCCGGCCGACGACGUCAAGCUCAUCGGCACUGGCGAGCACUACGGUAUCACCGACCUCGAGUGGGACCCCUCAGGACGAUACGUUGCCACCUCGGCAUCCGUGUGGCGCCACUCGCUCGAAAAUGGUUUCGCCAUCUGGGACUUCAAGGGUCAAGAGCUGCAAAAGCACAUCCAGGAUCGCUUCAAGCAGAUUCUUUGGCGACCACGACCGCGAACGCUGCUUGGCAAGGAGGAGCAAAAGAAGGUGCGAAAGAACUUGCGAGAGUACUCGAAGCAGUUCGAGGAGGAGGACGCCGCCGAGGAGUCCAACCUCGCCUCUGCCGAGCGCGAGCUGUACCAGCGCAUCCUCGAAGAGUGGAAGGCAUGGCGUGCCCGUGCCCGUCGCGACCUCGAGGAGCUGCGCCAAGAUCUUGGUCGCGAGGAGGUGGGCCAGAGCGUCGACCACGCAAAGAAACUCGCCGAGGAGGCUACCGAAGAGGUGCAAGAAUGGAUCGAGGAGAUCAUCGAGGAGACCGAGGAGGUGCUUGCUUGA